UUAGCUAGUGUAACCAGUCGUGCAUUGCCGCGUUCAGAUAUCGAAUCGUGUUGAUAUCAGAUAAAAGUGUAGUGUAACGAGUGUAACAAGUUAUCAUUGUGUACAUGGUCUGUGCUGUACAGUAUACAACUCGUUUUUUCUAGUACUAUUUAUCAAAAGCAGUAACCAGCGUAGAUUUGUUCAAUUUUACGCAUCUUUUAAUAUAAUGGGCCUGCCUCCGAAUUUUGCUGACGAUUUCGCGAAAUUGAUGGGAGAUGUAUCAGGUAUUAAAUCAUCUGUUGAGAAGAUUCAGACUGACGUUGAUAAAAUAAUAAGUGACAUUCAAAACCUCCAGUCAACAACUAAUGAUCAUAAAAACAGAUUACAAGAUUUGGAAGAAGAAAACAGUGAGUUAUGGAAUAAAAUUGAAGAAAUGGAGCAGUAUAGCCGUAAAAAUAACAUUAUAAUUAAUGGUAUUCCAUACCAGGAGGACGAAAAUCUCCACACCAUAAUAAAAAACUUGGGCGAUAAACUCGAAACUAAUGUAUCUGAAGGUGAUAUAAAUGCCACUCACCGUCUUCCUACCAAAAAAAGAGGACAGAUCCCGCCAAUUAUCGUAAGACUGAAUAAAAGAUCAGUGAAAGAUCAAAUGAUCAGAAAAUCCAGAGAGAAAAGGAUCAAUUCAUCGGACUUGGAUUUCAGCCAGCAACCUCCGAGACCAAUUUACGUUUCCGAGCAUUUGACUAGUUUUUCGAUGUCACUGCUCUCAAAGGGAGUAGAGUUGAAGAAGAAGAAGCUUAUCGCUGGAGCUUGGAGUAAUGAUGGAAAAAUAUUCAUUCGUCCGAAAGAAAAUGACAAGCCGAUACGAAUUACCCAGGAGGACCAACUAGCAAAAUACGAACAUAAGAAAGGACAGGCGAAGCAGACUGCCAAAUCCAAACAUAAGUGAAAGUAUAAUGCCGAACUCAACCGUAUUGGGCCCAUUAAAGCUUGGUCGGCGAGGGCUUUAAUGACCAAACCCCCCACCCAAAUAAGCUUUGAUUGUACUUCUCAUACCUCAAAAAUUCAUCACGAUACAGAAAUUCUUCUCAAAACAAAACGUACCAAAAAUAGUCUCAAAUCUACUCAAGUAGCUUGCAUUGCCACUCUGAACGUAAGAACCCUAAAAAGUCAGGAAACUCUGGUAGAACUAGAAAGAGCUUUUGAAAAAUCUGAGAUUGACAUCUUGGGGUUAAGUGAAAUAAGGAGAGAGGGGGAAAGAAUAAUAGAAACAAACUCACAAAACCUAUUCUGUUACAUUGGAUAUGACAAAGGUCAAAGAGGCGUAGGUUUCUUGAUAAAAAAUAAUUGGAAAGGAAAGCUGGUGGAAUUUAGGGGUAUAUCUGAUAGAAUCGCGAUUGCUAAAUUCAAAACUAGUCCUCACUCAGCUCUCAGCAUCAUACAGGUAUAUACCCCCACUUCAACCUCAAGUGAAGAAGAUAUAAACCUAUUUUACUGCCAGCUUUCAGAUGUGAUAAGUGACCAAACUCAGAUUAAAAACCAAAGGAUAGUUGUUAUAGGAGAUUUCAAUAGUCAGGUUGGACAGAGAUGCUUAGAAGAAAAAAAUAUAGUAGGACCCUAUAAUUAUGGAAAAAGAAAUCAAAGAGGGCAAAAAUUUGUAAAUUUUUGCGAAGAGAAUAGAUUGAAAAUUCAGAACACUUUCUUUAAAAAACCUAUGAGCAAAAGAUGGACUUGGUUAUCUCCAAACAAUGAAUACAAAACUCAGAUAGACUUUAUCUUAACUCAAAAUAAUGUAAAAGCCCUAAAUUGUGAAGUUGAUUUCAAAUUUCAGUUUCAUUCCGACCACAGAGUGGUUAAAUGCAAGGUACUUCUGUCAUCCUCUAGAACAAACUUUGUCAAAAAAUCAGCCAAUAAAGAAAAAUCUAGGAUAGAACUAAGAAACAGAGAGCUCUAUGGAAGUGAGCUGAAUAACUUAUUGACAGGAACGAAUAUAACCAGUAAUAAUGAUGUAGAUGCUGAUUUCAAUUUUAUUACAAACCAAAUUCUUCAAGCAACAGAUAAUCUUCCCAAAAUCAAAAGAAGUAACAAAAAAUACAAUAGUCUCCCUGAACACAUAAUUAAUUUAAUUGAAAAUAGAGAAUUAUUGAAGAAAAGAAGAAAUAAAAAUUCAAAGAACAAUAUAGAAUUUAAUCUGAUGUGUAAAUUGGUGAGAGCCCAGCUUCGUAAAUUCAAUUCGGAAAAAAAUAACAAGAUGAUAGGUGAAAUAUUGGAAACAACAAAAAGUACAAAAACUAUACGUAAAAGUCUAACUAUGGGUAAGAAUUGGACUCCAUGUCUACUUAACGAAACAGGAACUAAAACAUAUGAUCGUCUCAAAAUCAAUGAGGUUGCCACAAAAUUCUAUUCUGGCUUAUAUAAUGGGAAUCCAAGCUAUGCUCAAUCUCUAAAGACUCUGGAGAAUCAAAGACUGGAAGAAAAGGUGCCUCCAUUUAUUCGGGAAGAAAUAGAUUUAGUGAUUAAAAAAUUGAAAUAUGGAAAAGCAGCAGAUCCUAAUGGAAUCACAAACGAACAAAUUAAGUAUGGGGGUGAAAAAUUGAGGGAAAACUUGUUAAUAUUGUUCAAUAAAAUUCUGGAAAAGCAACAAACCCCAAGUCCUUGGAAAAACUCCAAUAUCAUCCUGAUUUUCAAAAAAGGAGACAGAAAGAAAAUUGAAAACUACAGACCAAUAAGCAUUAGCAAUACCAUAGGAAAAAUAUUCUCAUCAGUUUUAAAUAAUAGGCUCAAAAAUAUCCUAGAAAGUCAACAACCUAUGGAACAGGCAGGUUUUAGAAAGGGUUUUUCAACCACUGACCAUUUACAUGUUUUAAACCAUAUCAUUGAAAAGAGUAAUGAGUACCAACUAGAAAUUUACCUACUAUUUAUAGACUAUAUAAAAGCCUUUGAUUCUCUAGAACACGAGUUCAUGAUUGAUGCACUAAUUAAUCAAGGUGUGCCUAUCAUGUAUGUGAAAAUGAUUAUAGAACUUUACUCAGAACUGAAGGCAAGAAUAAUUACAGAAAUGGAAGGGGAAUAUUUUGAUGUGGGAAAAGGAGUAAAACAAGGGGAUCCUCUCUCGUCACUGUUAUUUAUCUCCUCUUUGGAAGAAAUUUUUCGCAAAUUAAACUGGGAGAAAAAAGGAAUUGUUAUAGAUGGGUCCUACCUGAGUGAGUUGAGAUUUGCAGAUGAUGUUGUUCUUUUUGCAAGUAGCAUAUCCCAACUACAAUGUAUGGUUGAAGAACUCAAUAAUGAGGGGAAAAAAGCUGGUCUACAUAUAAAUUUUGGCAAAACAAAACUAUUAACCAAUUCAAAAAAUAACACUACCUUACAGAUUGAUGGUCAAAAAAUAGAAGGUGAAAAAGAAAUUAUUUAUCUAGGACAACAGAUAAACAUAGGAGGUUUUAGUGAAGGGAGGGAGAUCCAAAGAAGAAUAACACUAUCAUGGAAUAAAUUUUGGUCAUUAAAACACAUCUUCAAGGGGCCCUUUACAGAAAACCAAAAAAGUAUAAUCUUUAACUCAUGUAUUGAACCAGUUAUGACUUAUGGAGCACAAACGUGGGCAGCUGAUAAAAAAUCUCUAAACAGAAUUCGGACCACACAAAAUCGAAUGGAACGAUCUAUUUUGAACUUAAAAUUGAGGGAUAGGGUAAAGUUGAAAUUUAUUAAAUCCAGACUAAAAUACAAUAAAGAUUUGGCCAAAGAGGUCAGAAAGAAAAAAUGGAAAUGGGCUGGCCAUGUUGCAAGGAGCAGCUCACUGAGAUGGACUCAUCGGGUGACCUUUUGGCAGAUGUAUGGGAAAAGAAAUCAGGGCAGACAGAAAAUGAGAUGGAGAGACGACAUAUGCAAACUUCUUCAACACAGCCACUUCCACAGAAUAGCUGAGAACAGAAGAGAAUGGAUACGGUUGGGGGAGGCCUAUGCUCUUACUUAGGGCCAUGGCAGUGUUAUAAUUUAAGAUUGUUAAUACUGCUGUAAAAUAAAGGCUAUUAUUAUU